AUGAGAAACUAUGCGGCGCCCAAACUAUAUGACUUCUCGCCCAGAAUUGCAAGACCCACAGUGGAGGAGAAUGCACGAUUUGAGAUAAAGUCGGUCAUGCUUCAAAUGAUCCAAAAUGCAAGGCAAUUCGGAGGUCUACAAGGUGAAGACCCGUAUGCUGACUUGACCAGUUUUGUAGAAAUGUGCAAUACAUUCUCUAUUCCUGGCGUGACUCCAGAAGGAAUUAGACUAUACCGCUUCCCGUAUACACUUCGAGAUGAGGCGAAGAGGUGGGCUCAUUCAUUGGAGCCAAACAAAACUAAUUCAUGGGACCAAUUGAUUUUUUCCCGCCCACAGGCAACACAAGAAGCCAAGGUCAUCUUGGAUCGCAUUUCACGAAACACAGAUGACUAG